ACAGUUACAUUUCUCUUCUAGGAGUUUUUGUAUAUAAUGGUUUGAUUAAUCCGGCGAUAGGAGGAUACAGAAGUUCCUCUCGCUGUCGCUUUCUAGGUCUCCAAGUCAAUUGUUGAACCGUACACUCUUCAGUUCUGCACCGAGCCAUUAAUCAUGCGUUUCGCAACUGCAUCUUUAGCAUUGCUUCCAGCUGUUGCGCAAGCGGUUAACAUUGUUUCUGCAAACGAUGAUGGUUGGGCUGAGAUCAAUAUCAGAACUCUGUACAAUUCUCUGACCACUGCGGGACAUGAUGUUCUCGUUUCUGCCCCUGCAGAGAACAAGAGUGGUGCAGGUUCUCUGACUGGCACACCCACUGUCCUCACCGAGGCAUGCGAAUUUAAUUCCUGUCCAAGUGGGAGUCCAGCAGUAGGCUAUAAUAGCUCAGCUCCUCAAUUUAACUACGUCAACUCUUACCCUGCGACUGCGAUGGAGUAUGGUAUCGAAACGUUGGCUCCAGGAUACUUUGGAGGUGCCCCUGACCUUGCUGUUACUGGACCAAACGUCGGAGUCAACACUGGUGUUAUUUCUUUCGUCUCCGGUACUGUUGGAGCAGCGAUUGAGGCCGUAGAGCUCGGUGUACCAGCAAUUGCCUUCAGUGGAGCCGAAGGAUCCGCAACCGCCUGGAAUGUUGCGGCACCGGCCUAUGCCACUAUCUAUGGCGAAUUAGGUGCAAAAGUAGUCGAUGCCAUCGUUGCUUCUGGUACUCCAUAUCUCCCAGACGAAACAUUCUUGAAUGUCAACUUCCCUGAAACUACCGAUUGCACAUCAGCGUCUGAUUUCAGCUUCGUUCUUUCCAGGAUUUAUACUGCAGUUCCAUUGAUUAGUGGUACUGAUGUUGUAACUUGCAACAAUGGAGGUAGACUUCCUACUGAGACUAAAGUUGUUGGAACCGAUGGAUGCUAUGUCAGUAUCAGUCUUGGUGGAACAAACAAGAGGGAUAGUAGUGCUGCCAACCAAGCAGUUGUUUUGAGCAAGCUCUCCAGUAUUCUUACAUGCUUACCUUAAUUGAGAGGGAUAUUGGAUCAACAUCAUGGGCGAGGAAAUCAAAAAGACAUUCCAUCUGGAUUUAUUAAAAUAGAUAUCCUAAUUGAAACUCAUAACGAAUCAAACUCCUGUUUUGUAAGCUGUGCUGAGCGUGAAAGUGAACAGCCUGUUGUUAGUGG